AUGGAUCUACCCAUGGGAGUCCCAACAUCAGACAUCUUCGAGGUCCGCGAAACCCCCAGUGCAGGUCGUGCCGUGUUUUCCAAAUGCGAUAUACCAGCCGACACAGUUGUCUGGCGACCCACGGAUCUGUCCCUUUCGGUUGUUCUCCGUGAAUAUCGUCGUGAGGUGUGCGGACAAUGUUUUGUGUAUGACUACGGCAACGACCUGCCUGUACGAAAUAAGGAGGUGGGCUUUGCCUUUUGCUCGGAGAGAUGCCAGGCCAUAUUCAGCGACGAGCAGGGUCCGAUAGGUAUAGAAGCAUGGACGGCCGCUGAGAAGUUGAUAAAGGGACGAAGCAAGGAAGACGCUGACAUGGUGGAAUUGGACCAACCGCGACCAAAGACGGAAGAUAUCACCUCUGCAUGGGAGGGUGCCGCCGCACAAGCAGCCUUGAUAAGAAUCGCUCGACUGGGUCAGCGAGAUGAUGAUGGCAAUGUCGUGCAACCUACGAAGCAGCACAAGAAGGCGCUGCAGAAAGCAUUGCUGCAAAAGAUAUCGCCUGAUGUCAUGUCCUUCUGUCUCGCAGGAAUAUUGUGGAAACACAACCACCCAGACGAAUGGCAACGAAUCCUCGAUUUGGCCGUCGACGAAACGCCAUACCACAGCGAAGACGACCUGAAGGCGUUCAUUCGUACAUACCUACAUUUACUCGCGAUUGCACCAUUGCCACUGCUCGACCGAAUAACAGUGGAGACUUUGUAUCUCUGGUCAACCCGCGAUUCUCAUAAUUCCUUCGGGAUCCGUUCGCUUGAAGAUGAUGGCAGCGAGUUCUUUGGUUAUGGAUGCUGGCCAUCGGCUAGUUACUUCAACCACAGCUGCUCUCCGAACAUCGAAAAGAAAAGGGUGGAAAGAGCAUGGGAGUUUCGAGCCGGUAGGGACAUCAAAGCAGGCGAUGAGCUGUGCAUCACAUAUCUGAGCGGGGAGGAAAGGAGACUGAGUCGCGAGAAUAGGAUGUUGACGCUAAAAAGAAAUUGGGGCUUCGACUGCCGGUGUGAGCGAUGCAAGGAACAGCAAUGA